CACGUGAUUUCCAGCGGAGUGUUUUUGUAGUGACACCGACAUGAGGAGAGCAGAAACAAUCACACCGAGUCGCGAGGACUGCGUUUACACCAGCUGCUACUGUGAAGAAAAUGUUUGGAAACUCUGCGAGUAUGUCAGGAUGGAGAGAACCGGGCCACUGGAAGAAAUGUUUGUGGUUUUCAUUUCUAAUGAGAACCGAAUGGUUCCUCUGUGGAAGCAGAAGUCGGGACAUGGCGAUCAACCAGUGAUCUGGGAUUACCACGUCAUCCUGCUCCAGGUCUGUCCUCAGUUCAACUCUCUGAUUUAUGAUCUGGACUCUCAGCUGUCGUUUCCAUGCAGCCUGAAUCUGUACGCGAGCCACGCCCUCCGCUCAGAUUGUAACAUUAAACCCACCUACCACAGGAAUUUCCGUGUGGUCCCUGCUGACAGCUUCCUGUGUAACUUUGCUUCUGAUCGGUCUCACAUGAAGAACUCUGAUGGGUCUUGGAAGAUGCCCCCCCCACCAUACCCCCCCAUACAUACAGCAGAGACUCAGAUGAACUUGGAUGACUUCAUCAGUAUGAACCCGGCGGUGGGCUGGGGGGCGGUCUUGAGUCUGGAUGACUUCCUGCAGAGAUACACAUCAGACUUAUUGUGGUCAUCGUCUUCCUCGUCAUCGUCUGCAACAGGCUCGUCGUAAUGUUUCUGUGUCAGGAGCACACUGGCGUGUCUUACACCACUAAGGGAACUGAACUUUUGUUUGUCCUGUUUGUAGAAAAUAGAAGCGUUACACACUGUGUGGUCCUGUUGUAGCUCUGGUCACCACAGGGGGGCACUGCAGGAAAUUCACUGCCCCUCUGAAAUUCACUGCCCCUCUGAGCUCACUGAUAAUGUCUGUGUGUUCACGUCACUGUAGGGCUUUAAUGACUUCCUGUUCUCCUGUAGUGUGUAUGCUAUAAAUGUGAUGAGUUCAUCAGAGGUUCCCUCACUUAAAAACGUUUGUUUGUCAGGGAUAUGUUAAAAUAAUGUUGGCAGCCAGUAAAAAA